AGGGCGCGCGCGCUCUUUUCCAAAAGUCAUUCAGUAUUGGAGGGGAGGAGUAAAUUCUCUGCAGCAGAGAUUAUUCGGCAGUAAUCUCGUGGCACAGUCCAAUUUGUGCUGUGCAGAGAUUCACUUCGACAAGGAAGAUUCAGCGAGUGUGUUUCCAGGUCAAUUGCCUAAGUGAAUUAACUCAUCAUGUCGAAGGACAAGCGGCUGUUUGACGAGAAGGAGUUCAACAAAAUCCUGCAGAAGUGCCAGGACAAGUCGUGCCAGGAACAGCAAGAUCAGAUACUCCUGCAACCAUACCAUUACAUCUCCCAAAUCCCCGGAAAGCAAAUACGAAGCAAAUUGGCACUGGCCUUCAACCAAUGGCUCAACAUUCCUCAGGAGAAACUCAACGAGAUCGGGAAGAUUGUCCAGAUGCUACAUAACAGUAGCCUUCUAUUGGAUGACAUUGAGGACAACUCGAUCCUCCGCAGAGGCGUUCCUGUGGCACAUUCGAUCUACGGUGCAGCUUCAACAAUAAACUCAGCCAACUACGCCCUGUUCUUGGCUCUGGAAAAGGUCCAGGCUCUGGGCCAUCCGGAUGCCACCAGAGUGUACACUGAGCAGUUGCUAGAGCUGCAUCGAGGUCAAGGCAUGGAGAUCUACUGGAGGGAUAAUUUCCACUGUCCCUCGGAGAGCGACUACAAGCAGAUGACGAUCAGGAAGACAGGAGGCUUGUUCAUGCUGGCCAUUCGAUUGAUGCAAUUGUUCAGCGUUAACAAGACGGACUUCACGAAGCUGACGGCUCUUCUGGGGCUAUACUUUCAGAUUCGCGAUGAUUACUGCAAUCUCAUGGAGAAGGACUAUGCGGACAACAAAAGUUACUGUGAAGAUCUCACGGAGGGCAAAUAUAGCUUUCCCAUCAUCCAUGCCAUCCAGAAUGAAGGGUCUGAUCGGCAGGUCUUUCAAAUUCUGAGGCAGAGAACGAAGAAUAAGGAAGUUAAGAGGUAUUGCGUGAGUGUUAUGGAGAAGUUGGGCAGUUUCAAUUACACAAGACGGGUGCUUGAGUCUUUGGACAGUGAGGCUCGCAUCGAAACCAUGAAGCACGGAAGCAAUCCUACAAUGGAGAAUCUCCUGAAUGAACUGCAGACGUGGAAGCAUUAAGUUCCUUCGAGAAAAAAGAGAAUUAAGAUAAAAGUUAAAGGAAAAAUAACCAGAAGAAUGUUCUUUACCUUCUUUUUUUAGAGCUCGAAUAUUAGAUGUAUUUUUUUUUAAUGAAAUGAGUUUUAUAGACUUUGCUGAAGAAUUUGUCUGUUAAUUUUAUAAAAAAAAAGAUUAGAUGUAUAUUUAAUAAGGGGUUAAUUUUAUUGCGGAUGUUGGUUUUUUUAAUUGUGUGCACGACAACAAGAGCUUCUCUUAAUAUUUACUAGUCAAUUGAGAGUAAAUAAUCAUGCAUGAAAGUUUGUGAAUCAAUUAGAGCUAACUUAGAAAAAUUGCUAAGAAAAGAUAAGCUUCUAAAAUUGCAUUUAAUUGAGGAAUUUUAUUUAUUACAUUUUGUCUUGAUAGCUCUAGCUCUAGAAAAGAAAAAUUCCUCUAAGAGGUUCCCAAUUUAUCAUAAACAAUAAUUAAAUAACAAAAAAAACCUUGUGAUCGACAAUAUCAAAUGAACAUUUCAAGUAAAUUCCUGUAGUUUUAAGAGAAAGUCAAUGAAAUGGAGUCAAAUAAAGUAUUAAGAGUUGCUGCUUUGGAGAUGUUCUUGCAUGUUUUAUCCAAUUGGGGUUUCUUCGCUUUAACAUGUGUUCUUGUGUUUACUCACAAAGAUCAUGUUCUAAGUGUUGUUCUUUUAGAUUAAAUUUCGUUCAACGAAGAGUGAAAGUUGUUUUAUGGAUUAAUUUUAGGCCUAUAUUUAUUUGCGCUGAGAAUGUUGUUGAAAUGUCUUUAACAAUAAAAUUUGUACCUUAUCAUUUUUUUUGUGAAAAACAAAAAUAUUUUGUUUAUUUUCAAAAUGAAUGUCUCAAUUGUGGUAGUAUGAUUUAUUUCAAUUCUAUUUAUGGCUAUGGAAGAUUUGGAAGGAAAACACAUGACAAUAAAUUCUUUAAAAAUUUAA